UCAUCUUCUUCUUCUCUGUUUCUGCAUCUCCUUCAUCGCUCCGUUAAUGGCGCCUCAGAUCUAUCCCUCCCAUAUAUAACAAACUCCUUCUCAAACACGUCUCCCAAUUUUCCAUUCUCCUCUCUCUCGCUCUCUCUCAACAGCAGAAAUGUAUAAGCGAGUGUACUUGUCGUUUCCAGAAGAAGUCCUCGAGCACGUCUUCUCGUUCAUACAUCUGGACAAGGACAGAAACUCUGUAUCUCUCGUGUGCAAGUCGUGGUACGAGAUCGAGCGGUGGUGCAGGAGGAAAGUCUUCAUCGGGAACUGCUACGCCGUGAGCCCCGCGACGGUUAUAAGCCGGUUCCCGAAGCUGAGAUCCGUGGAGCUCAAGGGGAAACCGCACUUCGCAGAUUUCAAUCUGGUUCCCGAAGGGUGGGGCGGUUACGUGUAUCCGUGGAUAGAGGCGAUGUCGAGGUCGUACACGUGGCUGGAGGAGAUAAGGCUGAAGAGGAUGGUGGUGAGCGACGAGUGCUUGGAGCUCAUUGCUAAGUCGUUUAAGAAUUUCAAGGUUCUGGUGCUUUCUUCCUGCGAAGGCUUCUCCACCGAUGGUCUCGCUGCUAUCGCCGCCACUUGCAGGAAUCUGAAAGAGCUUGAUUUGCGUGAGAGUGAUGUUGACGAUGUUAGUGGCCACUGGCUUAGUCAUUUCCCUGAUUCAUACACUUCUUUGGUUUCACUCAAUAUCUCUUGCUUAUCCUCUGAGGUCAGUUUCUCUGCUCUGGAGAGGCUGGUGAGUCGGUGUCCGAAUCUCAAGUCCCUCAAGCUUAACCGAGCUGUUCCUCUUGAGAAACUGGCUACUCUACUUCAAAGAGCGCCUCAGCUUGAGGAAUUUGGUACGGGUGGCUACACUGCUGACGUGCGUCCAGAUGUCUUCUCUGAUUUGUCUGUAGCUUUCUCUGCCUGCAAGAAUUUGAAGUCCUUGUCUGGGUUUUGGGAUGCUGCUCCUGCCUAUCUCCCUGCUGUUUAUUCCGUUUGCACUCGGGUUACUACUUUGAACCUCAGUUAUGCGACUGUCCAGAGCUAUGAUCUUGUCAAGCUUCUUAGCCAAUGUCCUAAACUGCAGCGCCUCUGGGUGUUGGACUACAUCGAGGACGCUGGUCUUGAGGUGCUUGCUUCCACCUGCAAGGACCUUCGCGAGCUGAGAGUGUUUCCCUCUGACCCUUUUGUCAUGGAGGCAAACGUUGCAUUGACGGAACAAGGGCUUGUCUCGGUCUCCUUAGGCUGUCCAAAGCUCGAGUCCGUUCUCUACUUCUGCCGUCAAAUGACCAAUGAUGCGUUGGUUACCAUUGCUAGGAACCGUCCCAACAUGACUCGCUUCCGUUUGUGCAUCAUUGAGCCGAAAGCCCCUGACCAUAUGACUCUAGAGCCACUGGAUGUUGGAUUUGGAGCCAUUGUAGAGCACUGCAAAGACCUCCGGCGGCUCUCCCUAUCAGGGCUCUUGACCGACAAGGUUUUUGAAUACAUUGGGACAUAUGCAAAGAAGAUGGAGAUGCUGUCGGUGGCAUUUGCAGGAGAGAGCGACUUGGGGAUGCAUCAUGUUUUGUCAGGGUGCGAUAGUUUGAGGAAGCUAGAGAUAAGGGACUGCCCGUUUGGAGACAAGGCGCUGUUGGCCAAUGCUUCGAAGCUGGAGACAAUGCGAUCCCUUUGGAUGUCUUCUUGUUCGGUGAGUUUUGGAGCCUGCAAGUUAUUAGGACAGAAGAUGCCAAAGCUCAAUGUGGAAGUCAUCGAUGAAAGGGGUCCACCGGACUCGAGACCGGAGAGCUGCCCUGUUGAGAGAGUGUUCAUAUACCGAACAGUGGCGGGUCCUCGGUUUGACAUGCCCGGCUUCGUCUGGAACAUGGACCAACAACACUCGACCAUGAGGUUUGCCAGGGAAAUGAUCUCUACUACUACUAACGAGUUUUAAAAACAGUAAAAUAAACGAGGUACAGUUUUUCAUCAAAUCCUUGUUCAUCAGCUCCCAUAUUAAUCGUUCCAGUUUAGGAACACGAGAGAGAGAGAGAGGGAGCUCUCCAUUAAUUUAGGCUUCAUAUAACUAUCAAGCUAAUGAGCAAUGAAAUAAUUGAAGAGAGAAGAGAGAAGAGAGAGGAGAGGGGGAGACAGAGAGAGAAAGAGAUCCGAGAGACCUUUGUUUUUUCCCCAUCCUAUUGUUGUAUGUUUGUUUGUCUACUUACUGAGAGAUCCUGGUGGGGUAUUAGUUCUUCUUGUUCAGAGGCUGAUAAGAGAUUUUUUUAAGAGACAAAUGUCGAAAUGUAACUGUAGUACUGUACUACUUGUUUGGACUCUAUUCUUUUUUAAAUCCUUUUGAAUAUGUUUUUUAUUUA